AUGUACGAUGAGAGCAAAAUAUUUAACUGUUAAGAAGACAGUUAUGGUGAAUAAUUUCUAAUAAACUAUUAAAAGCUUAAACUGUUUCCAAUCGAUUGUUGGACCUUUGUAUUACUAUCCCCUAUUACAUUUUCGAUUUCCGUCCGAAUUAUCUAUGAGUUCCUUAAAGAUUUAACACUUUUCGGAGGUCCUGGAGAUGUAAUCUUUGUGAUAACAUUAACGAAUGGAAUUCAAUCAUUAACUCAGUUUUCUACAGCAUUGUAUGUAUUAAUAGAGGAUUCAGCUCCAGUCAAAUUAUUCUGUGAUGUAAUUAUGAACAUAAAUUAGAUUACAGGGAUAACAACAUCGAUUGUAUUUGUAAUUUCGAAUAUAAACAUUUUUAUAUUCUCUGCUUACCCUCUUGCUUUAGUUUAUAAUACAUUGGAGAAAACUGUUAAAUUUAUCAGAAUAUUCAAUUACACUCUGACAGCUCUUAUAAUUAUCUUAGUUAUAUUGGGGUUUCUGUUUAAUGACAAUAUAAUUUCAAUUACGUUAAAUGGUAUGUGUGCAAUUUCAGCUACUCAUUAAUCCUUUUGGGAUUAUAUUAUAGCCUCAUUUUAUUUGUUUGUUUUCCUUUUAUUUGCAACAAUGUCAAUAAUUUACGUUUUUACAUUCAAAAGGUUAGUUCCUAAAAUGUCAUCAAUUAAAGAAUUAAGAGGCAAAUAUUUGAGAUAUUAUUAAAAAUUCAUUAUAUUUAGCCUUGUAAUGAAAUUUUUUCUUGGAAUUUUCAGUGGAAUUAAUUUACUCAAUUGUUAUAUCUUUUUGAAGGCCUAUCUUUUACCUUCUGAAACAUGUGACAACGUUACAUAAGCACUUUGUAUUUUAGGCUAGAUCCACUACUAAUACCUAAAUUUCAUCAUUAAGAAUCUUCUGAGAACUUGCAAGAUUUAGAUUCACCAAAUGACACAAAACCUGAGAUUGCUAUGUAAUGUAAAGAAUUUUAUUUUGAUUAUUUUAGAAUUUAACCUUUUAGAAUAGUUGUAAAAAGAAAUGAAAAAAACUCAAAUGAUUUCCAUGUUAGCUGGGAUUUAGAUGUUAAUAAAAUAGAAUUAAGAAAAUACAAUAUUAUAUAAGGAUCUAGAAAUUAUUGAUGAUUAAGAUGAUGGUGAAGGAACAUGCUCUGGAGAUUUAAGUGAAUUAAUUGAGGUCUCCCUAAAACCAUUUACUCCUCAAGAGAUAGAAUAAUGUUGGGUUGUCAAUUUGAAUAAUGAUCUAAUAAAAUCCUAAUUUCAUGAUACCCUAAAUAUUUAAGUGUUUUAAACAAGAUGUAUUUUAUACGCUCCAAAGAUAUUUAACUAUUUUCUGACAUUAGAUAAUGUUGAUCUAGAGGAUUCUUUUGAUGUUAAUAAGAACUUAUAGAAUAUUGAAUAAUUCACAGGUCCAGAUGGUGGAAAAAGUGGUGAAUUUUUUUUCUUCUCUCACAAUAAUGAAUUGAUUAUUAAAACAAUGAGAUAAGCUGAAGUAAAUACUUACAAAAAGCGUUUAUUAAACUUUGCUACUUAUUAAGCAAAUAAUCCAGAAUCUUUAUUAAAUAAGAUAUAUGGAAUGUAUACGUUUGAAAGAGUUGAAAAAUCUGAAGCAAAGAUACACUUUUUAAUAAUGAAGAAUCUAUCUUUAGGCAUCCCAAGGAAUUACAUAUUAAGAAUCUAUGAUUUAAAAGGGUCUGAAUAUGAUCGUGAAGUUCUUGCUAAAAGAUCUGAAACUGAUUUAUCGAAAUUGACUCUUAAGGAUUUAGAUUUUUUCAAAAUAGAACAAUAAAUUUGGGUAGAAUAAUCAAUUAUGUAAAAAUUAAAUUAGAAUUUAAUUAAGGACUCUGAUUUCCUAGAAAAAUAACAUCUAAUUGAUUAUUCUUUGUUGGUUAUGAAGAUAGAUUGGAAAGAUCAAUAAUAAUUGUUGUAUAAACAUUAGGGCAACCAAUAAAUCAAUGUGAAUCCUUCAAUUAAAGAAUAAAAUAUUUAUUAUCAUAUUGGUAUUAUUGAUUAUUUAUAAUAAUGGAAUGUGAAUAAAUCUCUUGAAAGAAAAACAAAAAAGAUUAUUAAAAUGAAUUUAUAAUUAGAUACCUCUGCAUAAGAACCAAAUAGAUAUGGGAAAAGAUUUAAACAAAAAUUGGUAAACAGAAUCUUACCAUUAUGA